AGAUUUGGGCCCAUUUCGGACCUCUUUCUUUUGUGGAGGAGCUGGAUGCGCGGGAUCAAACGGUCCUUGCAUUUUCUUGAUAUAUGUAUUCUGCGCCUCCCGCCUUGACAUCUGAGAGUCGACUCCUUUGGAUUUCCUUACUCAAGUCUACUCACGGAUUGGGGUUGCUCCUCGCACGGUCUCGUCGACCCUUCUGAAUUGUGGUCGCCUUUCCUUUCUUGUCAGUCGUGAGACCGAGCAGAAGACUUGACAUUGUUCAUAUUGGUAUACCGGGUCAGUCAACAUCAUGGGUGCCGAUGAUUUGCGACCUCAGGUCGAGGGUGUCAUGAUCACCUUUUGGGUACUCUCAUGGGUCAUUGUUAGUUUGAGAAUCUAUGUCCGUGCUGUCAUGAUCAAGUCUUUCGGCAGGGACGAUGUUGCCAUGAUUGUCACACUUCUAUUAUUCACUGGUUACCUCUCAUGUCAGGCGGCUGCUGUAACGCAUGGUAUUGGCCGAUACCGCAAGGAUAUCCCGGAUGACCAUCUACCCAUUGGUUUUGCUGCGUGGAUGUUUGCCGAAGUCUUUUAUACUGCAUCAGCAUCCGUCUUGAAGGUCGCCGUCGGCCUCUUCCUGGAGCGAAUUACCCAGAACAAGGUUCACAUUCUUAUCAUCAGAAUCAUGAUGGCGGCAACAAUGUUGAUUGGCACAAUAUACUUGUUUGUGGCCUUGUUCCAAUGUACUCCUAUCUCAUUCUACUGGGACUUUUCGCCAAAUGCCAAGGGACACUGCAUCAGCCCUAUGGUAUUGGUCGUCAUCUCGUAUUGCGCAUCUGUUCUCAAUGGAGCCGCAGAUUUCUUCUUCGGUAUCUUGCCCAUCUUCAUCGUCAAGGAUCUCAACAUGAAGAGGAACACCAAAAUCGUGGUCGCCUGUAUUCUUGGAUUCGCUGCUAUUGGAUCCCUCUCAACUUUGGUCCGCCUUCCCUAUGUCAAGCAACUCGGGACUUACAAAGGAGAAUUUCUUUAUACUUCAACAUAUAUCGCUCUUUGGAGUACCGUCGAGGUUGGGAUCGGCAUCUCAGCAGCCAGUCUAGCAACACUGCGUCCACUUGUUCAAAAGUUCUUCCCUACUCUCCUCCCCGACAACCCUUCCGGACCCACGAAUUCCAAUCUCAAAUGGUCAGCAAAGCACAACAAGCGAUCACACCGAAAAGGCGGCGAUCCUCUGGACAGUGCAGAGAACGGCACACGAAACAACCACACCAUGAUCACUACAGUUACAGGCGCAAGAACGACUCCAGGCAACCAUGACAAUGGAAGUGAAGAGAACAUUUUCCCUGGUGACGAUGAUAGAGACAUGCUGCCAUUGAAAACUUGGGAUCACGGCAUUAGCAAGCACGUCCAGGUUACGACAACGGAAGAGAGACAUGCAUCAAGAUCGAGUGCUUCUAUCGAGGAUGGCAAGGACUACUCGUCUGAUGACACAACGUGUGUUUAUGAGCGUGUGUGAUUUUUCUCAGCAUUAGCCCUGGUGGCUUCCUCUGCAAAAGACUCCCAUUUCCCUUUUAAGCCUUGCUCCUUCUUCUUGCAUUCUUUCUACGGCAUCGACAGAACAGACCUCCUCAAAAACUAGAGAUACCCAGAUUACACUUAGUUAAAAAAACUACACAUAACAUUACAGUCAUAUCCUCCU